AUGCCUGCACGCUCAACAACCCCUCCUCGUCCUGUUCCCCCCAUCCCCGCAGCUUCCCCCUCCCAUGGCUCCGCGCUCUACAUCGUCCGCCUGCGCUCCGCACAGCCCGUCGCCUCGUACCGCGGGGGGAUCCCUGGCUUCGCGGCAACGGCCACCUGGGACAACGACCCUAACAGCAACGCGCCAGGCACCGCCGCAUCUGAUGAUGAUGACGCCCACGGUGGCGUUGGCACGGCUUCCGCUGCUCCUGUCACUGCUGCUGCUGCUGCCACUAGCGGUUCAGGAGGGACCAGCCGUGUGCGGCGGCGGCUGCGGGUGAACGUGAGGGCGCCGGGCGUGAGGGCGUUCAAGCAGCUGCUGCAGCGCAUGCAGCAGGCCGUGCUGAGAGACAGCGGGGUGACCGCGGGAAGAUGGUGUACAGGUGAGGGGAAGAUGGUGUAUAGCUACAUGCACGCAUCCAACGGCUUCGCAGCGACCCUCACGGCAGCGCAGGUGCAGCGCAUGAGGCGGCACCCCUCCGUGGCGUCCGUCACGCCCUCUCGCACCAUCACACGCCGCCGCGCCGUCACUGCCGCCGCCGACGGGCACAAGUCUCUCAACCUGCCCCACUCCCCUGCUGCUGCUAUUACUGCUACCGCUGCUGCUGCUGCUGCUGCUGCUGUCGCUACUGCUGCUGCUGCUGCCGCCGCCGUCGCCGCCGCUGCUGCUGCUGCUGCUGCUGCCGGAGAGACUAGUAGUGGUGUUGUUGAUUCUUCUGUUACCUCCUUCCUUCCUUUCACCAUCCUUGAUGACGUGUCCUCCCUCUCUCCCCACGCUCCUCCUUUUUCCACCUCGCCGCUCCCUCCCUUCUCCUCGUCCCUUCCUUCGCAUCCCCCCUUUGGUUCCCUCUUUCCCAUCCUUUCAUCUCUGCCUCUCCGUCCCACCGCAACAGACGACUAUCGUCACCAGCUUUUUUUCCAAUCAAUUGCCCCUCCACCCUCCUCGUCCCCACCAAGGCUACAGCAGCACGCUCCUUGCCGGGUGGGCGGGCACGUAGCGGCAGCGGGCAACAGCAGCGUGAGUCUGCCUGGCUGGGACACGGUCAGUGGCGUGGCUGCCAAGGCACGCCUGGCUGUCUACAAAGUGUUCUGGCGCAUGCAUAAUUACGACAUACGCGCUUCAGAAACAGACAUCUUUGCUGCCGUUGAUCGGGCCGUGGCAGACAGUGUGGAUGUGCUGACCCUGUCGCUGGAUGACUCGUAUAGAGGCCGCGUUAGCGGCAACGGCAACGGCACCGAAGCCUUCUUUGAGGAUUUGCCUUUCCUUGGCGCCCUUGCGGUGGGUGUGAGGGGUGCCCUUGCGGCCGGAGUGACUGUGGUCCUGGCAGUGGGCGACGGUGGAGAGGCCAAGUUCCAUUACAUGUAUGGUGCUCUUGAGGCUAUCGACAACAUUGCACCCUUCUAUGUCAGCGUGGGGGCAAGGUACCUGCUUGUUCUACACGCUGCAGCUUUGCGCUGCACGGAUUUUUCCUCCUCUUUUUCUUCCCUUAAAUCAUGCGUUUUCCCAUGCUCCCUUCCCUCGUCUUGCAUCUCCUUCCCUCGUCUUGCAUCUCCUUCCCUCGUCUUGCAUCUCCUUCCCUCGUCUUGCAUCUCCUUCCCUCGUCUUGCAUCUCUCCCUCAUCUUCCAUCUCCUGCUGCCCUUCUCAUGCUUACACACACCUUCCAUGCCUCACCAUGCAGUACGCUGUCUCAGGCUUCCCUCACCUCAACAUCAACAUCAGCAGCAGCAGCAGCAGCAGCAGCAGCAGCAGCAGCAGCAGCAGCAGCAGCAGCAGCAGCAGCAGCAGCAGCAGCAGCAGCAGCAGCAGCAGCAGCAGCAGCAGCAGCAGCGGUAGAAUCUCCUGCAAACACCACAGGCCCAGCAGCAUCAACACUGCUGGGAGCCCGACUCCCUGCCACCAUCUCCCCUGCAGACACCGCCCUCCCCAUGGUUCCCACCUGGUCCUCCACCGGCCCUCUCACCAAACCCGGCUGUUCGUUAUGCCGACCAUUGAAGCUCCUCCGCCGCUCCAACGCCAUUGUCAAGCCAGACAUCAUCGCCCCGGGAGCCGGCAUCCUUGCAGCUGAGCCCGGGCAAACGGUCGGCGAGACGGGGUCGUUUAGGGUUUAUGGUGAGGAAACUGCCAUCUCUGCGGCGCUUGUUGCUGGUGUGGCUGCUCUGAUCGUGCAGCAGCAUCCUGAUUGGUCGCCCGCGCAGGUCAUGUCUGCAAUGAUGACGACAGCUGGCCGCACUGAUAGCAACAACAAAGUGAUUCGGAAUGUGAAUGGGGAACCGGCAACGCCGUGGCAGAUGGGAGCGGGGCAUGUGUUUCCCGCUAGGGCGUUUGACCCCGGGCUGACCUACGAUGCCGGGGAGCAAGAUUUUCAGAAUUUCCUUGCUGGGCUGAACAUGAAGCUGGCUCGGAGGGUGUUCGGGCCGGUGCAGCUGACACCCGUUGCACCCAGGCACCUGAACCGGCCUUCUAUCUCGCUGGUCAACAUAAUCACUAAACUCACCGCUAGGCGGACUGUGACGAGUGUUUCAAACACCACAUCGACCUACAGGGUGAGGGUUAACGCCCCUGAGGCAGUGAGAGUGAGGGUGGUGCCAUCGCAGUUUACCAUAGCGCCGGGGCAACGGGUCAGUUUCAAGGUGAAGGUUGUGGUGAGGAGCAAGUUCAAAAGGUUCAAGUACGGCAGCCUCACAUGGGAGGAUGACAAGGGGCACUCUGUGCGCUCAGUCCUUGUUCUCCAUUGCAAACGUACUUGCAUGUACUAUUGCUAG